AUGGUUCACGAGCUCAAAGCCGGAGCCGCGCACGGGAAGCGUGGAGAAAAUAACAGAAAAACCUCGAAUAUGACAAUGGGGGAGGAGUCGCCCGUGUCGUCUCUCGUACUUCCAGUUUUAAUACGUCCCAUUCUGUCCAAGCUUGAACGACGCGAUGUUGCUGCCUCCCAAACUCUACGAGCUGCCCUCUCAAAAGCUGAAAUGGCACAUCCAGGAUUCACUUAUGAUUUGGUCCUUGGAAUAAUGCAACGGGGAGAGUUUAGUGUCAAUUUAAAUGAAACAGUGUUACGUCUCCAAGGAGCAGCCACUGAUGCUGAUAUGGUAGAGUACCGACUUAAUCGUUCAGAAGAUGCAUUCCAAGAACUCAAUAAAAAAUCAGCUGCGUUGAAGAAGAUUUUGUGCCGAAUCCCUGAUGAAAUAACAGAUCGUCAGACCUUCUUGGAAACCAUAAAGGAAAUUGCAAGCGCCAUAAAAAAACUUCUAGAUGCUGUGAAUGAAGUGACUGGAUUCAUUCCAGGAUCUGAAGGAAAGCAACAGUUGGAGCAGCGCAAGCGGGACUUUGUUAGAUAUUCUAAACGCUUCUCUAACACACUAAAGGAGUUCUUCAGAGAAGGAGAACCAAAUGCUGUAUUUGUGAGUUCUCUGUACCUUAUUCAUCAGACAAACAAGAUUGUUGUUUGCGUAAAGAAUAAAUGUGAAUAAAUGUGUGAUGGUCAGGUAACUUCAACUGCAUGUUUACUGCAAGGAAAGCAAAACCAAAGGGAAGUAGUGUUGUCUUACAUUUAGUUCCCAAGAUUUUGGUACAUUAUCUAGUUUAAAAAGCAUUAUAUUUUACUGACAUAUUUACAUUAUUGAACAUAUUGUUAUUGUAUUGUUAAUUUGAACAAUUGUUCCUUUUGUUUGCUGUACUUUAACUAGCUGCUUCUAAUUUGAUACAUAGAGAAAAAUUAUUUUACAUAUUGUUAGUGAAGUUGAGAACUGUUGCCUACUCCUCUAGGAGCCCCUGUGUAUGUGUCAUCCUAUUCUAUCCACACGCAGGGUAUUUUUUUAGGUUCGUUGUAUUUUGGAUGAAAUUUUGUGAAUUAAUGUUUCAGUACAGGACAGACAAAAGGUUUUCUUGCACUCCCACUUUCCCAACCUGAAUGGUGUAGUUUGUAGAAUAACAGUUCUUUGCUCUUCAAUUGACAAAUAGCAUCAUUCAAUAAUGUGGUUUAAAGGUAUUAUAUUGAAGGUAUUUUUCUUAUCGUUUAACAAUUGUGAAUGUGGUUUAUUUACUUUUCUGAGCAUUUAGGAGACAUUUUCAUGCUUACCUGCUGAGCAGUGCUUCUGUUAAGCAGCAAUGUUCAUUGAAAGUGUAAUUGUCUUGACAAGAAUUAAAUAUAUUAUGGUUGAUUA